AUGAACAUGGAGAUUCCAAAGAUAAGUGUUAUUAAUCCCAUCGUAGAGCUCGAUGGUGAUGAGAUGACACGCAUUAUCUGGCAACAUAUCCGUGACAAGCUCAUUUUACCGUUUGUGGACUUAAAAAUUGAUUACUAUGAUCUUGGUCUCGAACAUCGGAAUGCUACGAAUGACAAGGUGACGCUUGAAGCUGCACAUGCAAUUCAAAAGCAUCAUGUUGGUAUCAAAUGUGCUACAAUUACACCGGAUGAAGCUCGUGUGGAAGAAUUUGGACUGAAGAAAAUGUGGCUUAGUCCUAAUGGUACAUUGCGUAAUGAAUUGGGUGGGACUGUAUUUCGUGAGCCUAUUGUGUGCAAGAAUAUUCCUAAAUUAGUCCCUGGCUGGAAAGAACCGAUUAUUAUCGGUCGUCAUGCGUUUGGUGAUCAGUACAAAGCUAUUGACUUUGUUGCAAAGGAACCAGGGACGUUCAAGAUUACAUUUACACCUGCUCGUAGUGAAGCAGCAUCCGAAGAAUAUCAUGUUUAUGAUUUUAAAGGUACCGAUGGAGGUGUAGGAAUGGGCAUGUACAACACAACGGAAUCAAUUACCGGAUUUGCCAAGUCGUGCUUUGAAUACGCACUGGAACGCAAGAUGCCAUUGUAUUUGAGCACGAAGAACACCAUUUUGAAACGCUAUGAUGGAUGUUUCAAGGAUAUUUUUCAACAAAUGUAUGAAGAAGCGUACGAAGGUAAAUUCAAAGAAGUUGACAUUUGGUAUGAACAUCGUCUGAUUGAUGAUAUGGUCGCACAGUGUCUCAAGUCUACAGGUGGUUUUAUCUGGGCUUGUAAGAACUAUGACGGUGACGUGCAGUCGGAUAUUUUAGCCCAGGGUUUUGGUUCCCUGGGUCUAAUGACAAGUGUAUUGCUAACUCCCGAUGGUAAAACACUGGAGGCUGAGGCUGCACACGGUACCGUGACACGCCAUUAUCGUGUACAUCAAAAUGGUGGUGAGACAAGUACGAACUCAAUUGCAAGUAUCUUUGCAUGGACACGGGGUUUGCUUCACCGUGCAAAAUUGGAUGACAACAAGGAGCUGAAGCUCUUUUGUGAGGAUUUAGAGGCUUGCAUUAUUGAAAGUGUUGAAGCUGGUCAGAUGACCAAGGAUUUGGCACUGCUCAUUCAUGGUUCAAACAUGAAGCGCGAACAUUACCUCGAUACGUUUGAAUUCAUUGACAUGAUAGCCAAGAAUUUGCGUCUACGUCUUGUGAAUUCUUCAAGUUUCAAUGCAUUGUAA